UCCCUAUUGCGCUUGCAAAUCAAGCCCAUCUUACUCCCCCCACCCCCACAUCCUCGCUCCUUCUCCCCCACCAGCUCCCCCCUCCAUUCCCUCUCGACCCGGUGGUAUCGCUCGACUGUGAGGGAGAGAGCGCAGUUGUCGGCUGCAGGUCGCUUGGAGAGGAACGCGCAGCGGCUGAGGAAACAACGCCGGAACCUGUUUCUAUUCUGCCUCUACUGCUUAAAGAGCGGGACUGACUGUGUCCUUCUAUUUGUGCUAGCAUUUUUUCUACUUGGGGAAUACAAACAUCUUCGAAGAAUCAAUUUGAAAAGGACAGACGGCCCUCUCAGCCCCGUCCCUACACCCCAGUGAUGCUUAGCUGCUUUUUCCCAGAGGCCCACCUUGGCAGUUAGAGGAGAGGUCAUCACCAUGACAGCAUCCUCGCAGGACUCCACCCCCUCGUUUAUGGCUGGCCUCCUCCUACUCCCUCUUCUCAUCCCAGCUGUUUUCACGCAGUAUUCUGCUGUUCCAACAACCCCAGCACCACUUCUGUUCGACCUGCUGACCCAACCAGAGUGCACAAAGAAAGAGCAUCCAAAAGUUUCCAUCCAAGCUCUCAGCCCGUGGAUUUCCUCUUUCUCAAACCCUAGUGUGAGAGACUACUCACAGCUCACCCUUGACCUGACUAGGAAUGAGCUCAUUGUGGGUGCCAGAAACUACCUUUUCAGACUGGACCUCAGUAACAUGUCUCUAUUACAGGCAACAGAGUGGGCACCGGACGAGGAAACCAGGAAGUCCUGUCAAAGCAAAGGCAAAACAGAGAUCGAAUGUCAGAACUACAUACGAGUCCUGCUGGUGAACAAGACCGAGGUCAUGACCUGCGGCACCAAUGCUUUCCAGCCGCUAUGUAUUACCAGAGAGGCGGGCAACAUUAGCAAAGUGCUGGAGCGUGUGAAUGGCGUGGCACGCUGCCCGUAUGACCCUCGACACAACUCUACGGCAGUAGUGACAGAAAGUGGGGAGCUGUACGCCGCCACUGUCAUCGAUUUCUCAGGCCGUGACCCCGUCAUAUACAGAAGCAUGGGCGGAUUGCCACCCCUGCGCACUGCCCAGUACAACUCCAAAUGGCUCAAUGAGCCCCACUUCAUCUCAGCCUACGAUAUUGGCCUCUUUACCUUAUUCUUCUUGAGGGAGAACGCAGUGGAACACGACUGUGGCAAGACGGUCUACUCCCGCGUGGCCCGAGUCUGCAAGAAUGACAUUGGUGGGCGGUUUCUCCUGGAAGAUACCUGGACCACAUUCAUGAAGGCGAGGCUCAAUUGUUCCCGUUCCGGAGAGAUUCCCUUCUACUACAAUGAGCUGCAGAGCACAUUCUUCCUGCCUGAGCAAGACCUCAUUUACGGCAUCUUUACAACUAAUGUUAACAGUAUUGCUGCAUCUGCAGUAUGUGCCUUCAACCUGAGCGCCAUCACCCAGGCCUUCAACGGGCCCUUCCGUUCCCAGGAGAAUCCCCGCUCCACCUGGCUUCCCACACCCAAUCCCAUCAAAAACUUCCAGUGUGGUACCAUAGAAGACAAGGGUCCCAAUGAUGGUUUGACAGAGCGCAGCCUGCAGGAUGCACAGCGACUAUACCUGAUGAACGAUGUGGUGCAGCCGGAGUCUGUUGAUCCGCUGGUCAUGCAGGAUGACGUUCGCUUUUCAAACCUUGUCGUGGAUAUUGUACAGGGCAUGGAUACCCUCUAUCAUGUUAUGUACAUCAGCACAGAAUAUGGCACCAUCCUAAAGGCGCUGGCUACACCAAACAAGAACCUGCAGGGCUGUUACCUGGAGGAGAUGGAGCUCAACCCGCCAGGUGUGCGAGAACCAAUCCUGAGCCUGCAGAUCCUGCACAGUGACAGGUCACUCUUUGUUGGGCUCAACAACAGAGUCCUGAAGAUUCCUCUCGAAAGGUGUUCCACAUAUAAAACUGAAACCCUAUGCUUGGAAGCGAGGGACCCCUACUGUGGCUGGGACUUCAGGCAGCGCAGGUGCACCACGCUGGAGGAUAGCUCCAACAUGAGUCAGUGGAAGCAGAACAUCACCGUUUGUCCACUCCGAAACCAGACCAAUGAUGGGGGCUUUGGACCCUGGGCACCAUGGCAACCAUGCAAUAACGAUGAUCCUGUGGACGGUGUGAGCUCCUGUUUGUGUCGUUCCAGAUCAUGUGACAGCCCUUCGCCUCGUUGUGGUGGCAAAAACUGCGAAGGCCACACCAUUGAAGUUUCAAACUGUUCAAGAAAUGGAGGCUGGACACCCUGGUCAUCAUGGGGACAGUGCAGCACAACUUGUGGAACAGGCUUCGAGCUGCGUCAGCGUUCUUGCAACAACCCAUCACCCCGACAUGGUGGCCGUGUGUGUGUCGGGCCAAGCCGGGAUGAAAGAUUCUGCAAUGAAGGUGUGUCCUGUCCUCAGCCCAUCUUCUGGACCCCGUGGGGCUCCUGGACCAAAUGCAGCACAGAAUGUGGCGGCGGUGUUCACUCCAGAGUCCGCAGCUGCGAGAAUGGAAACAGCUGCCCAGGAUGUGCAUUGGAAUACAAGGCCUGUAACCUGGAGGCAUGUCCAGAAGUCAAGAGGAACACACCUUGGACACCCUGGAUGCCUGUUAAUGUAACCCAGGGUGGAGCCCGUCAAGAGCAAAGGAUGCGCUUCAUGUGCCGGGCCCACCUGUCUGAUCCCCAUGAGCUGCAGAUCGGACGGAGGAAGGUGGAGACGCGCUUCUGUCCGAAUGACGGAACGGUGGCCUGUGAGACGGACAGCCUUGUGGAGGAGCUUCUAAAGACACCAGUAGUGCGAAUGGCCGGAUUAGGCUGGUCAUCAUGGGAGACCUGGUCGAGCUGUUCACAGAGCUGUGCUAAAGGCUACCGCACCCGUCGGCGAACCUGUGCUGGACCAGAGGGGAAGAGUGCCCCUGUUGCAUGCCGUGGCUCGCCUGUGGAAUACCAGGACUGCAAUGUGCAGCCGUGUCCUGUGAAAGGUGCAUGGUCGUGUUGGUCACCCUGGACUCAAUGCUCAGUGGGUUGCGGUGGCGGUCACUACCAACGGACACGCUCCUGUAACAGCCCUGCACCUGCCAAUGGAGGAGACAUUUGCAUAGGCCUACACACUGAGGAGGCCCUAUGUAACACACACGCAUGCGACGAUGUUUGUGCAGAAAAACAGCAGCAGGUUGUGGAGGAUAAGCAGCCGGUUGGUGGCUGGAUGGCCUGGUCGCUGUGGUCAGCCUGUGAUGAGUCAGGCUUGCAAAUGAGGAAUCGGGUGUGUGGUGCUCAGGGCAACAGUCCCUGUCUGGGAAACAGCACGCAGCGCAGAGACUGCAAUGAAAUACCUGUCAUUCUCCCAGCAUCUGGUUUUGAUAAGGACCAACAAUGUGGAGCAUUCACCUCCAUUCAUCUAAUUGCCACUGGUGUUUCCUGCUUCGUCGGGGCGGGGUUGCUGUCCUUUCUUAUCUACGUGUACUGUCAGCGUUUCCACAAACCUUCACAAGAGUCUGCCAUCAUUCAUCCCACCACCCCAAACCACCUCAACUACAAGGGCAACACCACACCAAAGAAUGAAAAGUACACGCCCAUGGAGUUUAAGACACUAAACAAGAACAACCUGCUGCCAGAUGAAAGAACCAACUUCUACCCAACGCCGCACCAGCAGACAAAUGUCUACACCACCACUUACUAUCCCACAACACUUGGCAAAUUCGACUACCAACCCAACUCCUCCCCUUCACCGUGCAGAACCUACAACCAUAGCAACAAUAGCUGAGACAAGGCUCACAAUCGGCUCUCCAUCCCCUUACCUCCAAUGGACACCGCCUCAAUGCCAUGGUGACACAACUGAACCCACAUGAACUGAAAUUCUACUCUGAGCUUGGCCAGGUUCCUCUGCUCAACGUCACCCCCCCUUAUUGUUCCCAUAGUCUCUCUUGCAUGGGGUUUGUGUUUUCAGGGGUGUUGCUGGAACGUUCCAUCAGGAGAACUGGGUUUGGAGAACAAUGCCUUCACCCUGGUAAAGUCAUGAACUUAUGCAAGCAGCUGGGGGUUUGUUUUUCUAAGGGCCUGACUGGAUAUAGCUGUAUCAACUUACUGCUUAAUGUGGGGAACUAGUGGAAAAACUCAAGGUCAACUUCUGGUUUGUGGAGAUUGUUGUGACCACACCACUUCAGUGCAGAUACUAGGAUGAGCACCCACAAUAUUGGCCUAAUGUGAAAACGACAAAGGAAAAAAAAAAGAACUGUGGAUCUAAGUUACCAUUAUAUGCCUCUUCAUUACAAACUACAUUCUCAGCCUGUCACGAACCGGAGUCCCUCAACAACAAAAGCAGUUACAGAGAACAAAAGGUGAAUGUGGUCAUGUCCUUCCCACACACACUAUGGAGAAAGGGAACAACAAAAGAAAAAACUCAAUGAAGUCGAUGAUGAAAUAAAUUAGAGAUCAAUAUCAGCUUGGUUGUUUGGGGGAAAAUGCUCUCCCUCCAUUGUUGGUAUUUCAUGACAGGAAAGAUAAGAACUUUAAUGUUGAUUAAGGUUUUGUAUAGCUGUGUGGAAAAGUAACAAGCAACAUGACCCUCAGCUAGAGAGAACUAUUCUCCAAAUCUGUUUAGGAUCAGAGUCCCAUGCCUUUUGUUGGCAAGGACGGUUACUUAUAAAGUCAAAACUAGGAGUGCGAAGAGCAUUUAGAACUGUCAAAGCUUUGGGAAUGCCGUGGGUGCCUGUAUGCAAUAGAAGGCAGGGGCAAUAUCGGUUUCAUUUAUAUUUUUCUCAGAACAAUAAAAGACUUCUGGAUGAGAAUUGAUUGAUUCUCCAAUUAAUUCUCCACUGAACGAAUGCAAAUCUACUGAGUGCUAAAUAGCUUGGUGGUCAUAUCAAAUAUGGCCAUUAAGCUGAACAACGGGAGUGGGUUUUUCUAUGAUGGUAGAAUAAGCUAGUAAACUGGCACUUGUUUUUUGGGGGGUUUUUUUCAAGAUGAUUGUUUUAUGCUCAGAUGAGCUGUAGCAUAGGAGGAGAUAUUUUGUCAAAUAAGAUAACUGCUUAAUUCUCGUGUCCCUAAUUUCACUUCACUGAAUGAACACAUUUAGGUUUUUGGUUGUUCAGCAGCAUCAUUACAACUGCAUAUUCAAUUCACUGUGUUCCAAAAAUAAAACAAUGAAUUUUAACGUUUUCUUUCUUUCCUUUGUUAAAACAAAUACUAACAACUCACUUGAAAAGAACAUCAUUUAUGCUUGUUUAGAAGUUUGCCAGUAAGAAGAUCAAAACGAAUGCAUGCGAGUGCGAAUGUGUACAUGCAAACACAUGUAUUGCUUGUGUGCCAGAGUAAAAAGGAGGUUACUGUAUUCUGUACAAUGUAAAUGCUUAACAUGAGUAAAAGGCCUGUAAUGGUGAUUUUCUUUUUUUAUAUAAAACUAUUUGUGCAUUUCCUACCUACAUUCUGUCACUGUCAUCAUUAUACUGGUUUUUCUAUCCAUGUAUGAGAUGUUAACCAUUUUAAGUUAAAGAAUCACACAUCUGGUUCCUGCAGUGGUUAAGUGGACAUUAUUUAUAGUCACAGCUUGGUUUAUUAAGGGCAUUUUCACUGCUAUAUUUUGUUAUUGCCUGACUGAUGAAUGCUAAUCAAGCAAUGCUUUUCUGUUUAGCUAAUGUACAUGCACGAGAUGAGAGCUCUAUCUGUAUAUAGAAACAGCAGCCUUCAGCCCAUUUAAUGUCCCUGAAGAGGAUUGUGUAAAUUUAUCUGUAUAUUGUAUAGCUAACACUGUUUAAGAAAAAAAAGGAAAAAAAAAAAAAAAAAGCCUUAGUUUUAAAAAAAAAAAAAAAAGAAAAAAAGUGCAGCAGCUAAGUACACAAAAACAUGAGGUUUGUUUGGGGACAGAGCUCCACAAUGUGACCAACUGCUUGCGGCUUAAUGGCCUUUAUCCAGCUGCUCAAA